AUGCUUCUUCUGCGUAGAUCCUUUACAACUUCUGUCAAAACACCAUGGGUUUUUAAAGUGCAAGACAUGCCAGAGCUUCAUAUGUCAUUUGAUGAACCCUCAAGAGAAAAAAUGCUAAAAUUCACAAAGACACAAUUUACAAAAACCUUUCAAACAAUUUGUGAAGGAUUCGCAAAUAAUGACAAAGCGGCAUUGAAAACAAUCCUUGAGCCUACCCUACACAAGACAGUUUGCCAAAACCUAGAUGAUUUGGAAGCUGAAGGCUACAAAUUCCAAUUCUUAGGGAUCGAAAACCUUGAAAUCAAUCCAUUGUCUUUCGAAAUGCAUAUUGGGGUCAAUAUAGACCGAAGCACAAACUUCCCUAGCGAGCAUUAUGUAGAAAUUUCUACUUUAGAAUCCCUCAGAGCAGGUAUGACUGCAGAAGAUCUCAAUAAAGAGGCAGAAAAAGAUGGAGUCACAUUUACCCAGGAUGUCCUCCAAACAAAAUUGGACAAUAUUUGGCUUUAUAUUAGUCCUAGAGCUCCUGCUAAUUUGCUUAUAGGGCUCGACGUUUAUUUUAAGCUGUUAAACCCUUUGACUCUGGUAAAAGAUGGGGAGGAUAUUAUUUAUAAGAGCAGACAAGAAGAAGUCCAUGGAUUGAAAAUGGAAAAUAUCGCUUCUGUUGUGGCGAAAGAUCAAGAACAAGCCAUUUUUAAUGGCAGUUUUCAGCACUUGAUGCUGCCACUAUUGAAGUUGGAAGAAAGGACACUUUCUAAACCUUGGACUGUAGCUGAUAUUGACAAUAUAAUGAAUGGAAAUCAUCACGUUAAGUCUGCACAAAAGAAAUUAACAUAA